AUGAUUGCUUUGUUUUCAUUUUCUAGUUACUUGUGUUUUCUUCUUGUUUUGGCCUUGUCUGUUAGUCUUUCUUGUAAUUCUGAUCAAAAUGUUGAAAAUGAUGAUGUAUUAUGCAUGGAGGGUGAGAGACAAGCACUUCUCCACUUCAAACAUGGCCUCAUUGACCAAACAAAUCGUCUUGCUUCAUGGGUUGGUAAUGAUAGAAACUGCUGCAGAUGGACUGGAAUUGUUUGUGAUAACAUCACCAGGCAUGUUCACGGGAUCCAUCUAGAGAGUUAUUCUCCUCACUACAGGCGUUGUGACCCAACACUGCAGUUGGGAGGGAAUUUAAGUUCUUCCCUGGUGCAUCUAGAGCAACUCAGGCAUUUGGACUUAAGUUGCAACAACUUUGGAGGGAUCCAAAUUCCGGAAUUCAUUGGUUCCCUUAGAAACCUUAGAUAUCUUAAUCUCUCACUUUCCGAAUUCAGUGGAAUUAUCCCUCCACAAUUAGGGAAUCUUUCUCGAUUGCACGUUCUUAGUCUUGGAAGUUUUUAUAUACCAUAUGAAUUUACACACGUGAUGAACAUGCAAUGGUUGUUAAGUCUUCGUAUGUUGCAUCACCUAGAUAUGAGCAGUGUGAACCUUAGCAAAGCGAUCGAUUGGUUUGAGGCGAUUAACACCCUUCCGUCUUUAACUGAACUACAUUUUUCAGAUUGUGAUCUUAUUGAUAUACAUCCACAUGUUUCUCGCCUUAAUAUCACAUCCCUUUCCUUCCUUGACACUUCUUUUAACCGUUUCCGUACUUUCGUGCCACAAUGGGUUUUCAGUAUAACUAAUUUGGUUUCCUUGGAUUUUACUGGGUGUGAUUUUCAUAGCCUUGUUCAUGGCAAUAUUGAUACCUUCUAUAACUUGACUUCUCUCAAGUUGCUUCACAUAUCUGGGAACAAUUUCAUGAAUUCUUCAUUAGUUUUAAAAGGUUUGUCUAAUAAUGUAGCUAGUCAUCUUGUGUCAUUAAAGAUGGGUUCUUGUGGUAUUUCGAGUUCAGUUCUCAUUUCACUUCACAACUUAACCUCCCUACGUAGCCUUGACUUGUCAGGAAAUGAACUUACAAACAAGAUACCUAAAUCAUUUGUUAACGUUUGUAAUUUGAGAGAUAUUGAUUUGUCAUAUAACGAUUUUGGUAAUGUUACUUUAAAUGAUCUUCUUGGAGGUUUUCUUGGGUGCGAAUCACGAAUUGAUCGAUCUUCACCGUUAGAGGAGUUAGAUGUGAGUGAAGGCGAUAUUUCUGGUACCGUUCCGGAUUACAUUGGGCAGUUAACUUCUUUGAGGAGAAUAUUUCUAUAUGGUAAUAGGAUCUCUGGUCCUAUUCCACACUGGAUUGGAAGAUUAUCAUCAUUGGAGUAUUUAGAUCUUUCAAAUAACUUGCUCGAUGGAAACCUCCCUCAUAGCCUUGGUAAUCUUUCGAAGUUACAAUGGUUAAGUUUUCCCAACAAUUCGCUGACCGGUCUCGUGACAGAAGCUCAAUUUGCCAAACUAGUGAAAUUGACAUUUCUAGAUGGAAAAGGUAACAACUUAACCCUCCGACCACGACUUGCUACGUGGAUUCCUCCGUUCCGGUUGUGGUACAUGGAUUUAAGUUUUUGGAGUUUAGGGCCACAAUUUCCAUUGUGGUUACAAUCACAGACGCUUAUAAAAGAAUUGUACAUAAGAAGCACAGGCAUUUCUUCAGCCAUGCCCGUGUCAUUUUGGAAAUCAUUUCCUAAUCUCAUGAAGCUGGAUAUGUCGCAUAAUCAUAUCCAAGGAAAGCUGUUAGAUAUCCCUGCAACUCUUAUUAUACUAAUUCUUAAUAACAACGAGUUUAGGGGGGAAUUACCUAAAUUGUCAAAUGGGUCAUUUCUAGUGAUGUUGGAUCUCUCGAGUAAUUCCUUUUUGGGCUCAAUACAUAGUUUAUUAUGUUCCAAUAUUGUGAAAAAGUCCCCAAAUCCUAGUGUGGAAACCGCUCUUAAUUUAGGAAACAAUCAUUUGUCGGGUGUCAUUCCUGAGUGCUGGGAUAAAUGGCAGAAAUUGAGUUAUUUAAACUUGGAGAAUAAUCAAUUUUCCGGUGAGAUUCCAGGAACAUUGGGCUCUUUAAGUCAGUUACGCUCACUGAACAUGCAUAGAAACAAGCUCUCGGGAAGAAUACCUGCUUCUCUAAUGAAUUUGAAAGAGUUGGAGAUCCUUCAAAUUGGUAGGAAUGAACUUAUAGGACGAAUUCCAAAAUGGUUUGGUAAUCUCUCUUCUUUGAGGCUUCUCAACCUUAGAUCCAACAGUUUUCUCGGAGAAAUUCCUUAUGAGCUCUGUCAUCCUACACAUAUCCAAAUAUUGGAUCUCGCGCAUAAUAAUCUAUCUGGACAUAUUCCAAGAUGUUUCAACAACUUUAGCGUCCUUUCUGGCAAAGAAGUUACUUCUAAUCAAAUGAUUUCCCUUUCUAUUUACUUUCAAGUGGUUAGCGUUAGUGAUUCGUUGGUGAUGAAAGGACGUGAAGACACAUAUAACUCUAUUCUUGGACUUGUGACACUACUGGACCUUUCAAGUAACAAUCUUGUAGGGCACAUUCCAAGUGAACUAAUGGCUUUACGGGAGUUAAAGUCUUUGAACUUAUCAAGAAAUCAAUUGACUGGUUGGAUCCCCGAGAAGAUUGGAGACAUGAAAUCACUUGAAACUCUUGAUGUAUCACUCAACAAGCUUUCAGGGAAGCUUCCCAUGAGCCUGUCAAGCUUGACUUUUCUGCUUAGCUUUAAUGUGUGUUGGAAUCAUUUGACAGGAAGAAUUCCUUCAAGUACCCAGCUUCAGAGCUUCAAUGAGUCCAGCUUCUUUGGCAACAAACUUUGCGGAGAUCCACUCACUAACCGUUGUGUACCAACUGAAGUACCCUAUGCAGAAGUUCAAAAAAAAGAUGAGGCAUCAGAUGGAGCAGAUUGGGGGUUGAUCACAAGUGUUGUGGUUGGAUUAGUUGUUGGUUUCUGGCUCAUUGUGGCUCCUUUGAUGGUUAGCAGAGCAUGGAAGAUUGCAUACUUUCGGUUUCUGAGUGAGCUGAGGUAUAUGGUUUAUGAUUUUAUUCAUAAGUAUGGAGUCAAGAUGUUUUCUUAA